AUGGACACGUGGACAAGACAGGCAGGAUAUCCGCUUAUUACGGUCACCAGAGAUGCUAAAGAUAUACAUGCUGAGCAAGAAAUCUUUCUACAAAACGCAUACGAUGAACCAUCGGACAAAUUUGAGAAUCUCGGGUUUCUAUGGUACGUGCCACUCACUUGGACAGACCAAUCUGAAUUACAAUUUGAGAGUCUGGGGCCGUGUAACACUCAUGUCAACUCAAAAUGGAUGAAUAAAGCACCAGCCGAUUUCCAGUUAAAUACAGAAAGUGACGACGAUUGGUUCAUCGUUAAUGUCAAUCAAAAUAUGUACUAUAGAGUGAAUUAUGAAAAUGAAAAUUGGGAGAAACUAUCAAACUAUUUGAUACCAAGUCAUACGGAUAUACCAAUUCGAAAUCGUGGUGCUCUCAUAAGUGAUGCGUUCAACAUCGGUAAGUCACAUCGAGGUGAUCACGUGAAUGCUUUGAAGAUUAUUCAAUACCUUCGUGAUGAACGAGACUAUAACCCAUGGUUAACAACCAGGGAUAAUUUAGGUUUCACGGUUCAUAUGAUAUGGAGAACGUCCACAUAUGGAUUCUUUGAGCGUUAUAUUCGUUACUUGAAUGAACCCAUUUACGAUGAGCUUGGUUGGGAUUUCAAAAAAGCUUUGGAGGACGACCACAUUGACUAUCAUAACCGUGUUAUUGCAGUAGAAUUGGCAUGUGAGUACGGCAACGAUGACUGUAUACAGAACACCACUGAGCAGUAUCACCACUGGAUGUACACGGGAAUAAACGAGAUUCGUGAAGACACCACAACGACAGUUUACUGCACGUCGAUACGUCACGGAGGCCACGCAGAAUGGGACUUUGCAUUUAAUCAGCAUCAAAUGACGGACGAUGACGAAGAAGCCAGCGAGCUACGAUCAGCAAUGGCAUGCAGCCGGGCGUCGUAUACUUUACAGGCGUACAUGGACUAUUUCUUGAACACGUCAUUGGCCACAGAUGUGAUUGGUGAAGUGAGAGAUGCAUCUGGACUCGGUUUCAACCUAGCCUGGGACUUUGUCAAUAUACACUUUGACAGUUUAUAUAAAAGCUUUGGUGACUCGGCCUAUGAUACUGUCUGGAGCUUUGCAGACACGAUGAACACAGAGAAAGAUCGAAACGAGAUGGAAGCGUUUGGUUUACGCUACCCUGAUAUGCCAGGUACAGCUGCCAACGAUUUUUACUACUCACUCAAAAAAAUAAAGAGUAAUAUGGCAUGGAUGGAGAAAAAUGAAGUUGAGCUCAGACAAUGGUUGGAAGAAAUAAUGUCACGAACAUAG